ACAAACAGAAAGUCAGCGAGAGAGGGAGUCGGAGUGAGAGUGUGAGUAAAAGAGGAGGAGAGAAGUGUUACAUGAUACUGAUAGAAACCAGACAACAGCUCAUUUAAGUUUGCAACUCGCACAGCAGCAGUUGUGUUGUCUUCCUCUAUUGCGUAAUGCUCUCCUGACUGUGCCCAGGGUUGCCUAAACUCACUUGCCUGCGUUUGUUUUUGUCUGAGUUCUGUCUCAGUGCUUCAGUCAUGAUGUCACCUUAUUGGUGCUUAGUGCUUGUAACUGUGUGGGCUCAGUUAACUCCAGGUUUUGGUGCUGGGAACACGCAUUACCGCUACUUUCGGAGAUGCUACACCUGCUUCAACGGGUACCAUGGAUACCACACAGGAUACGUGGGGCCAGAUAUCGAUGAGUGCCAGGUCCACAACGGAGGCUGCCAGCACAGAUGUGUGAACACCAGAGGCUCCUACUACUGCGAGUGUAACCCAGGCUUUCGUCUACAUACUGAUGGCCGCACCUGUAUAGCUGUUCUCUCCUGUGCUAUCAGUAAUGGAGGCUGUGAACAGGAGUGUGCGCAGCUCUCUCCUGCCCGCUUCCAGUGCCGCUGCAGACACAACUACCAGCUCGCUGCUGAUGGCAAGCACUGCAAAUUGAGAAACCCCUGCGCGGAGAGGAAUGGAGGGUGUAUGCACACAUGCCGUAGUGUGGGCGGCCAUGCCCUGUGCGACUGCCACAGAGGCUACAUGCUGGCUCAGGAUCAGAAGAGCUGUGAAGACGUUGACGAAUGCGAGACUGGACAGGCUAGUUGUGCUCAUGAUUGCCGAAACAGUCCCGGUUCCUUCUCCUGCAUCUGCAACCCUGGAUAUGAGCUGGGUUCUGAGGGCAGGAAGUGCUACCGCAUUGAAAUGGAGAUAGUGAACAGUUGUGAGUCUGGAAACGGAGGCUGCUCACACCACUGUCAGCAUGGCACACUGGGACCUGUCUGUAGCUGUAACCAGGGUUACCAACUCGAUGAGGACCUCAAGACAUGUUUGGACUUGGAUGAAUGUGUGGAGGGGAGCUCAUGCUGUGAACAGGACUGCACCAAUUACCCUGGAGGUUAUGAAUGCUACUGCAGGGCAGGAUACAGGCUCAACUCAGACGGCUGUGGCUGUGAUGAUGUAGAUGAGUGUCUGUCUGAUAAUGGAGGCUGUGAACAUACAUGCCAGAACACAGCCGGGUCCUACCAGUGUUUCUGCCACCUAGGACACCGCCUGGCUGAGGACAGGCACUCCUGUAUCCCUCUGGAGAGAGCAGUUGAAGCCCUGUCCAGUCGUGUGGUGGUGGAAAGACCGUUUCCACAGGUGACUCUGCUGCAGGACUACCCUCAGCCUCUGGAACGAUAUGACGAUUAUGAAGAGGACACCUUUGGAGAGCUAAGAGCAGAGAGCACCGUCAUGCAGAAGUUUGUAUGUCUGAAUGAGACGUUUGGCCACGACUGCAGUCUGUCUUGUGAUGACUGCUCUAACAGUGGAGUGUGUAACAUUGAGAGGAAUGGAUGCGACUGUCCUGAUGGCUGGACAGGCAUCAUCUGCAACCAGACCUGUCCUGAGGGCAUGUUCGGCAAGAACUGCUCCUUCACCUGUAAGUGUAGGAAUGGGGCCACCUGCGAUCCAGUGAGUGGAAUCUGCCGCUGUCCACCAGGGGUCAGUGGAGACAUGUGCCAAGACGGCUGUCCUAAAGGUUUUUAUGGAAAGCACUGCAAUAAGAAGUGCAACUGUGCCAAUAAUGGACGCUGCCAUCGCACAUAUGGAGCCUGUCUCUGUGAUUCAGGCCUCUAUGGGAGGUUCUGCCAUCUACCUUGUCCUCGAUGGUUAUAUGGACCUGGCUGUUCAGCUGAGUGUCAGUGUGUACAGCAGAACACUCUGGAGUGCAACCGACGGCAUGGAAUGUGUAUGUGUAAACCUGGCUAUCAGGGCAGAACGUGUAGUGAGGAGUGUGACAGUGGUUACUAUGGCCUGGGUUGCAAGACAAAAUGCCAGUGUCCAUCAGGAGUGCCCUGCCAUCAUGCGACCGGAGAGUGCCAGUGCCCAGCUGGAAAGCAUGGCGAGGACUGUGACCGAGAAUGUCCAGAAGGGACGUUUGGGGCUGGCUGCUCUGUGUCCUGUGACUGUAAUGGUGCAGCGUGUGAUUCAGUGACUGGAAUCUGCCACUGUCCUGCUGGAACAACAGGAGAGCGCUGUGGUGAAGAGUGUGAAGAGGGGCGCUGGGGCCUGGCUUGCGCAGAACUGUGUCCUGCCUGUGAGAAUGGAGCAAUGUGUGACAAGCAGAACGGAACCUGUGUGUGUGAGCCAGGAUACAGGGGAGAGCUCUGUCAGACUGUCUGUCCAGCUGGCUGGUUUGGUUUGGGCUGCCAGCUUCGGUGCUCUUGUGAGAACGAUGGCGGCUGCCAUCCUGUCUCAGGCCUGUGUGCGUGUAAACCCGGCUGGACUGGAUCCAGCUGUGAGAAGGUGUGUGAGCCGGGGCACUGGGGAGUGGACUGUGCUGGUGUGUGUAACUGUACGAGCCAUGCAACAAGCUGUGAUGCAGUGACAGGACAGUGCCACUGCGAGGCUGGCUACACUGGAACCCACUGUGGGCAGAAGUGUCCUGAGGGUUAUUUUGGGCCAAGCUGCCGCCACCAGUGCCCGUGUGAAAAUGGUGCCGUUUGUGAGCCUGUGGGUGGAGCUUGCACAUGCUUGCCAGGCUGGACUGGAACAUACUGCGAAAAAUCCUGUCCACAGGGUUUCUACGGUCUAGAGUGUCAGCAGAAGUGUGAAUGUCUAAAUGGUGGCCAGUGUCACCAUGUGACAGGAACCUGUGUGUGUCCAGCUGGCUGGCUUGGUCUCCGCUGCACCUCCAAAUGUCAGGCUGGCAUGUACGGCCUUGGCUGCAAGCAGAGCUGUAACUGCCAUCACGGUGCCAGUUGUGACCCUACCAAUGGGCAGUGCCACUGUAGGCCAGGCUGGACUGGGCCAAGCUGUGAGCAAGAAUGCUCGGCUGGCUUCUAUGGAGUCGGAUGCCGCCAGCGGUGCCUGUGCCAGAACGGUGGGUUAUGUGACAGGAUCACUGGGCACUGCAUCUGUCCCAGUGGAUGGACGGGGGUUGCGUGUGAACUUGAAUGUGCUCCAGGCCGCUACGGUCCUGACUGCCAGCACAUAUGCGAGUGUGAGAACGAGGGUGUAUGUGACCGGCAGGAUGGAAAGUGCUCGUGUCCAGCAGGCUGGGUGGGCCAGCGGUGUGAAGCAGCAUGUGAAGCAGGGCUGUUUGGUCCCGGCUGUCAGAAACGUUGCAGGUGUGAGCAUGGAGCUGCCUGUGACCACGUCACUGGGACAUGUUUGUGCCCCCCAGGGUGGAGAGGAAUCCGCUGUGAGAAAACCUGUUUGCCUGGCUCUUAUGGAGAAGGAUGCUCUCAGAGCUGCCUGUGUCCUCACGGCACCUCCUGUAACCACAUGACGGGCGAGUGUGGCUGCCCUCCCGGCUUCACGGGCAAUGGCUGUGAGCGGACUUGUCAGCCCGGAACCUACGGGUUAAACUGCAAUCAGGUGUGUCAGUGUUCAGAGGCCAACCAACUGUGUCAUCCUGUCACUGGGCUGUGUUACUGUGCACCGGGCUACCGUGGUGAAAAGUGUGACAUAGAGUGUGAGGAGGGUCGUUAUGGCCCUAACUGUGAGCGUGUAUGCCAGUGCCUUAAUGGUGGUGUGUGUCAAGCCACCAGUGGCACUUGUGUCUGCCCUCCGGGAUACAUCGGACCAGACUGCAAUAUCAUGUGUCCGGCUGGGUGGUAUGGACAGGAUUGUAUACGGGUGGCUCUGUGUGGAGAUGGUGCCAGGAGUGAUCCAGUCACAGGACGAUGUGUGUGCAAAGCCGGACAGCGAGGAGAGGACUGUGGACAAGGCUGUGCUCAGGGCUGGUUUGGAGAGGACUGUGCUCAGCGUUGUAACUGCAGUAACGGAGCAGUGUGUGAUCCUGUGACAGGAAACUGCACAUGUGGCUUAGGCUGGACCGGACACAGCUGUGAUACAGAGUGUCCCAGAGGCAGGUACGGAGCCAAUUGCCACCAGCAAUGCAACUGCAAGAACAAUGGUACAUGUGACAGGGUGACAGGAGAGUGUCAGUGUGCUCCAGGAUACUAUGGUCAUCUCUGCCAACAUGCUUGCCCUCCUGGUUUCCAUGGACACCGCUGCCAGCAUCUUUGUGACUGCCAUGGCAAGGCCCAGUGUGAGCCCAGCUCUGGCCACUGUCACUGUCCUCCAGGUUACCAAGGAGAUCGCUGUGAGAGAGACUGUGAGCAGGGCCGGUUUGGGCCCAACUGCGCCAACACGUGCGACUGUGAUGGAGACACACCAUGUGACCCUGUAAGCGGCAGAUGUCUUUGUGCACCAGGAAAGAUGGGAACCCGCUGUGAUCUCACCUGUGCUCUGAAUCGCUAUGGUCCGGAAUGUUCUGAAAGCUGUGAGUGUGGAAACGGAGCACAGUGUAAUCCACGGAACGGGCAGUGCACAUGUCCAAAUGGCUGGAUGGGUCCAAGCUGCUUAGAGGGCAGCGUUUUUAUAUCGACUCACCAGCUUCACAGAAGGAAAAAGAAGGAUCAAACGCAACUCAGCCUGCCAGUAUAACAGCUGCAAAAAUGAUCCUUUACCUUAAUGACCAUUUAGCCCUUGCAGCAAACCAAACAAGUGCACUACAAACUUUCUCCACAAUGGAAGCAUGUUUAUUCAGUACCUGAGGAAACUUGACCACGUUGGGAACUUUUAGACAUAAAUCUUUCUUUUUUUAAAUAUUUGUAGUAAUUACCAAUGCACUGUACAUGCAACAAAGACUCCCCGUGAAGGAGAAACAUGGUCAUUAUGGCUACAGAUACUGACGGAGUACGCCCUGGGAGCAUCCAGACCAAAGAUGAAAGAAUGGAAAGAUCAGGGUAAAUGUCUGCAGGUUGGACAGAAGACAUCACAAGUUUGAGGUUCUUUCCAAAGAUCUGUAAAAAUGUGUUAAAUCUACAUAUCACUGUCAGAAGAAAACCUCAUAUCUCCAAAAUGAUAACUUUACAAGAGAAUGAAAAAACAUACUUUACUUUUAAUGUUAGUCAAUGGAACCAAACUUUUUCCAAGUCAUUUUAGGUCAUUUCUUUAAGUCCGUUCCUCAUGAAAUGCACACACAGUGUAAAGGGUAACAGGCAUUUUCAAAUUAUGCCAAAAACUGAAAAAUGUCAAAAAUGGAGAUACAAGCUUUUAUUCUGUCAACAGUGAUAUGUUUAUAUACAUGUAUGAACAACCCCAGUGAGUAUUAAGGCUUUUAACAGAAUGAUAGUAAUAUUUGUAUCCAGACCACUGAUAAAAUCAUCACUUUAUAUUGGUCACUAUCAUUUUUGAGGCAAGUUCUCUCAAAACAUAUCGUGCACAAUACUGUGCACUGUAAAUAUAAGGCAGCAAUAUCUUGUGAGGCUGUUUCUAGCAAAGAUAUUCUAAGCCACUUAUCCUUCUGGGUUGCAGGGGGAGCUGGAACCUAUCCCAGCAGUCAUUGGGUGGAAGGCAGGUUAUCUGGACAGAUCUGUACAUAAACAGUGAAAGUGUAAUAUUGCUGAGUAUACAUGUUUUUGUGUCUAUACACGUUUUUUGUGUGCAUGUGUGCAUAUAAGUACUGUAAAACCUUAAUCUGCUAAACACCUCCAUUUUACUGUAUAAGAAAUGUUACUAUUUUGAUUACAUUUAUGAAAGGUAUUUUAUAGAAGGAUGUAUUUUUCUACAUAUGUCUCAAAGACACUUCAUCUGUAAAUUCUGCUCUGUAUCCAUAAAGUAGAAAGUGCACUACGCAAAAACAAAAGAAUUCAUCUUUCAGUACUAGUUGUUUUAAACCAGGGAUAAAUACAGCACUUCUAAUUCUCAGUUGUAUGUAAUGCUUUAAAAUAAAGCUGAGUUAGCAAACCA